AUGGUUGCCUAACAGACUAUGGAGCAGCAUUACAGAGAAUACAUAAAAACAUGGAGGCCCAGGUAUUUUUUGCUGAAGACUGAUGGCACAUUUAUUGGGUACAAAGAACGGCCACAAGAUGUAGACCAGUUAGAGACCCCCUUGAAUAACUUCUCGGUUGCACAAUGUCAACUGAUGAAGACCGAGAGACCAAAACCAAACACAUUUAUCAUCCGGUGCCUCCAGUGGACCACAGUAAUUGAAAGAACAUUUCAUGUUGAUACACCAGAGGAACGAGAAGAAUGGACCAAAGCCAUCCAAGCUGUCGCAGACAACCUUAAACCAGAGGACAUCAUGGACUUUCAUCCAGAAUUCCCAAGUGAUAAUUCAGUGGCUGAAGAUAUGGAUGUUUCUCAUAGUAAACCAAAACACAAAGUAACAAUGCAUAAUUUUGAAUACUUAAAGCUCCUCGGGAAAGGUACCUUUGGGAAAGUAAUCCUAGUGAAAGAAAAAGCAACUGGAACGUAUUAUGCAAUGAAGAUUCUUAAGAAAGAAGUAAUUGUAGCAAAGGAUGAAGUGGCGCACACUUUGACAGAGAACAGAGUGUUGCAAAAUUCCAGGCAUCCAUUUCUAACUGGGCUAAAGUAUUCUUUUCAGACCAAUGAUCGUUUGUGUUUUGUUAUGGAGUAUGCCAAUGGAGGAGAGUUAUUUUUUCACCUGUCAAGAGAGCGAGUCUUUUCUGAAGACCGUGCCCGUUUCUAUGGAGCAGAGAUUGUGUCUGCAAUAGAUUAUCUUCAUUUUGAGAAGAAUGUGGUGUAUAGGGACCUUAAGUUGGAAAACCUUAUGCUAGACAAGGAUGGCCAUAUUAAAAUAACCGACUUUGGACUCUGUAAGGAAGGUAUUACGGAUGGGGCCACCAUGAAGACGUUCUGUGGAACCCCUGAGUAUCUUGCACCAGAGGUUUUGGAAGAUAAUGACUAUGGCCGAGCUGUGGACUGGUGGGGCCUGGGAGUUGUGAUGUAUGAAAUGAUGUGCGGUCGCCUUCCUUUCUACAAUCAGGACCAUGAGAAGCUGUUUGAACUCAUUCUAAUGGAGGAGAUCAGAUUUCCACGCACUCUGUCCCCCGAAGCUAAAUCUCUUCUCUCUGCGCUGUUGAAGAAAGAUCCGAGACAAAGGUUGGGUGGUGGCUCUGAUGAUGCAAAGGAGAUAAUGCAACACAAGUUUUUUGAUGGAAUUGAGUGGCAAGAUGUGUAUCAGAAAAAGCUUAUUCCACCAUUUAAACCUCAAGUGACAUCUGAGAUUGAUACAAGGUAUUUUGAUGAAGAGUUCACUGGGCAGACGAUAACGAUCACUCCUCCGGAUCAAGAUGGGAGUAUGGACUCCAUUGACAAUGAGAGAAGACCACACUUUCCCCAGUUUUCUUACUCUGCCAGUGGAAGGGACUAGGGACUCUACUGCCUAAAAAAAACACUCUUAAAGAAAAUCUGAUUGGAAGGACUUGCAGCUGUCAGUCACGCGAUUUGGAGUUAUAUCUGUAUUAUUGGAGGGUAUCUUACUAAAUGUUUGUAAGAAUCUGGAAAACGUAUGUUGGUCUGAUAGACUGUAAAGGUCAAAAUAUGCAGUGGUCUUGUGUCCAACCAGAACAUCUCUUGCAAUGUGUUUACCUCCUCUUCAACGUGUGAACAGCAAAUGGCCUCAGUGAGGCACCGCAACAGCUGCAGCAGCAGGAAUUUUUGCUGUGGUUUGUGAAAAUAUCUGAAUCCAGAAUCAGAGCAUGCAUAUCUGUUUUAAACAUCUUCUGAAAUGCUACAUUGAAUGAUAUAAUGAAGCAAUUUUAUUUAAAAUUUUGCUGACUUCAAUGCACUUCACACAAUUGUGUUCUCUUAAUGCCAGUUCCCUCCUUGGUUCCAGAAUUCCUUUUGUGCCAUGUGAUGGGCAUUGUUUGUUUUUAUUUUCACUUUUUGCAAUUGCCAUUUAUCAGUGUUUCAAAAUUUGAAAGCCUUUUGUGAAUUGUCUUUCCCAUAUUUAGCAAUUUGGUAUUUGAAGAUCAAUGCUAAUGGGUAUUGUUUAGUCUUAAUCAACAUUUUCUCUUUUCUGUUGUCGUAUCAUGUGUCUCAUUUGAUUCUUGUGAAAAGCAGAAGAAAAUCUGUCUUAACAAUUCAAAUUGCACAGAACCUAUUUGGUCAUUAGUCAUUUUUUUCAGAAUACUUAUUUUGUAUUCCAGCUCCAUUAAAACAGCUAGGCUGAAACUGCAAGAUUGCACUGCACUCGAGCUUGCUAUCAAUGCAGGAUUUGCAGAAUGGAUGGUAUAUUCUUGAUAGCAUCAAAACACUGUCCUUCAGAGUACUGAAGGGACUAAGAUAUUAACUACCUAACUGGGCACUGGUAAACAAAACCAGUUACCAUUGAAUUUUGUACACUGUACUGUAGUAUUUUUACAUGUAUAAUACUUUUUUUUGCCAUAAAUGCAUAAAUAAAAGAUGUAACAUCCAAAGUCUCUUUGAUUUGAAAACAUGCACAAUGGUAUGUAUGCCAAUGACUGUAAAAAUGGGAAGACUAAAUGAGCAUUUUUUUCCAUGAAGUAACUGCAUUAAAUAUUUUUGUUAAG